AUCGAGCUCGCGCAGGCGCGGUGCAGGCUGGUCGGCGCCUCUGCACUGCGAGGGGCGUCAGCGCAGGGAUCCCAGCCAGCGUUCAGUGCAGCGCCGGGAGCCGUGUGUGGGUGCUUCUCCCCGGGGUCAUGCAGAGAGCAUCCCGUCUGAAGAGAGAGCUGAGCCUGCUGGCUGCGGAGCCGCCCCCGGGCAUCACGUGCUGGCAGGAUGGGGACCGCGUGGAAGAUCUGCGAGCUCAGAUACUAGGUGGAGCAAACACACCUUAUGAAAAAGGUGUUUUCAAGCUGGAAGUUAACAUUCCUGAGAGGUACCCGUUUGAACCUCCUCAGAUCCGAUUUCUGACCCCCAUCUACCAUCCCAACAUCGAUUCCGCCGGAAGGAUUUGCUUAGAUGUCCUCAAGCUGCCGCCCAAAGGCGCCUGGAGACCGUCCCUCAACAUCGCGACCCUGCUGACUUCCGUUCAGCAGCUCAUGGCCGAGCCCAACCCCGACGACCCGCUCAUGGGCGACAUCUCCUCAGAGUUUAAAUACAACAAGCCAGUCUUCCUCAGGAAUGCCAGGCAGUGGACAGAGAAGCACGCGAGACAGAAGGCUGAUGAAGAGACGCCUAAUAACCCCCCCGAGGCGGGUGACUCCGAAGGACACAGCGAAGCACAGAAAAGGAAAGCCAGGCACCUGGGGGGCGUAGAAAAGAAAUUUCGCCCUGAUGUUUAGGGUGGGGCUUGUCCCGGCCCAUCUUAGUUAAUGCGUUCUUUGCCAGCGUCCCUUGCCAGCGUGGUCCAGUUUGCUUACAUUUCUGGAAUGUUUUUCUUUGUAUUUGAUGACAUCACUUUUGUAUCCUGUGAAACAGACCUUGUGUAUUUAUAUGUUCUGCUCUACAUUGAUUCUCUGAGUGUAGUUUGUUUUAUUUAGCUCAUACAUAUGUAUUCCAAAACUUGUAAACC